AUGCUGAGAGCCAUGAGCCAGGGACCCCUGGCUGAGGCCGCGGGGAUCAGUAAGGGAGAUCUGCCCCCACAUCCCAGCUCCGGAAAGUCCCUUUCCCCCUUGCUAACUGGGAGUGAUGGAGAUGCCAGCUGUUUGUAGCUGGGAGGCUGGUGCCAAUCCCACCCUGUUUUGCUUUAACCCCUUUCCCUGUGCUUGGCUUUUCUUACCCAUGCGAUGCAAAUUUCGCUGUUGUUUCCCCUCCGAAAGUGGAAAUUCCCCCAUAGUCUGGAGCCAGAUUCACUGCUGUCUUCAGACUGUGGUUCCCCUUUUUUAUAUUUCCUGCAAACUUUCUGUUGCCAGGCAGAGGGUUGUUUGCUGGGGCUUUCCUGUGCAGCACAGAAGAAUCCCAGCCACGGAGAUGGCGAAUUGGCUAGAAAUCAGAUUAAUGGGGGAUUUGUGCCAAUGACUUUGGAUCAAGCCCCAAGAGAUUGACUGUGUUUUUAACUCCUGGCUCUCCCAGGAGGGGCACAGUAGGGAGUAGGGCAGGAGCACUGGCUGAGGAUAGCUCCUGGCCAACCCAGCCCUGGCCUCUGCCAGCAGGGGCACUAUAGGGACCAGGGCAGGAGCUCUGGCUGAGGGGGUGCUCUGGCUGUGGGGGAGCUCCUGGCUAUUCUGGCUCCAAGUCUGGCCUCUGCCAGCAGGAGGCACUGUAGGGACCAGGAAAGGAGCGCUGUGCUCCUGGCUACUCCAGUCCCAGCCUGUCCCAUUGUAUAAACUGGAAACCCUGCCCCAUGGAGGCGCUGUGGGUCAAGCUGUACCAUAGCUGAUCCUUUCCUAUGGCAUCAGCUUGCAGAGCAGCCCCACGGCAGCCCAGAUGAUGAUCCCACUGAGCUGGGCCCGGGGCUAUGCCGAGCUGGAAUGGUGUUUCCUCUCUGCAGCAGGAGAUGGACCCAGUGGGGAGGACCUCACCAUGGACCCCUCCAGGAAGCAGGAGAAAUGCAUGUGGACCUCUCAGAAGUGAAGCCAGAGCUUGUGCUAGAGUCCGAGGGGAAGCCCAGAGUCUACAGGGUUCACCUCCCCGGGGCAGGCUCCUUCCAUUGCUCUGAAACCGAACUGGGGUUUGAGGUGAGGGCAGCCGUGACCAUCCAGUACGGAUACAACUCCUGGGAUGGGCAUCUGAGCGCAUCUGAGAAACAGCAAUGGAUGGUGGCCGGCCUUUUGUUCAACAUCCGGGUGGAACCGACUGGGGCCAUGGCAGUCGUUCACCUCCCGCACUUCCUGUACCUCAGAGAUGCCGACAAUUCCCGGAUGCAGAUUGCCCAUUUCAUCGAUGAAGGGAUGACCAUGGAGAACCCAACGCAGGUGAGGUCGUUCCACGCUGUGCUGGAGAACCCCAGCUUCUCUCCGAUUGGAGUGAUUUGGAGGCGGGAGAAUUCUGAUCAGCGAACUCAGAUCCAUUCCAUUGUACUGCUCUACCAGGCACAAAAGAGAGUUAAUCUAACCCUCUACCUCUACCUGAUACCUGAUGAUGGCUCACGGGUCAAGGCAGUUGAGGUCUAUGAAGAGAAGUGCCGGUCAUGGUUUGUUUCUAAAUCUCAUUUCACCUCUAAACCCUUGUGCUUUGGCUCUCGCUGCAUUGUGUCCAGUCCAUCGGAGAUAACAGUAACACCCAAGGAACCGCCAUUUUUGGAUAAAACUGCAGAAGCUCUUCAACCAUUCACAGAAAUCCACACCAAGGAUGUGAAGGAGGAGCUGGAGCUCAGCCUGGUAGAGAAAAAGGAUGGGAAGCCGAUCUGGGAGGCUGUUAUCAGACCAGAGGACCUGACACCUUCUGUUUCAUCCAUUAAGAUGUGAAUAGACACACAUUUUGUUGACCAGCACCAAGAACAGCUGAUCCUGCAGGUGACUGCAGUGGACGGCAUCCUAGAUUCACUGCAUGGCCCCAUUCUCGACAGCGAACAAUACCAGAUUGUCAGAGCCGAGAGAACCAACCCGGAGAAGAUGCGGAAGCUGUAGAAGCUGGUCCCGAGCUGGAAUGCAGACUGCAAAGAAAAGCUCUACCAGGCUCUGAAGGACAAACACAGACACCUGGUUGACAAACUUGAAGGGAAAUAGAUGGAGGCAGCUUUUCCUCUUCUCAGAGGUUGUUUGCAUUGGGAAGGGUUAAUCCACAGGUUUUUGAUGCAAAUCAGGUAACUCACAAUAUGCAAACCGCAAUAAUAGUGUGUACAUGGGACACCUGUUCCAUGUUUUAAUUUGCAUCGUGUAUACACAGCAGAGGCUUGCUGUGUACUAAGUGUGCAGGAUUCUCAGAGGGUAUCCCACAUGCCUUUGCCUUGGCGCUGAGCAUUCUGCAUUCUGUGAUUGUUCUUGCUGUGAAUUGUGGGAUACAUAGCUGAAGCUGGCUGGGUUAAAUU